AUGCGGAGAAUCGGCGCAUCCUUCAGAAUUGAGCCACCCAACGAACCUGUCGGCUGUCGUCACUGCGUUCGUCGACAUCGUAACUGUACGAGUCCGGAUUUCGCGUCAGACGUGCACAGCUCACGUCAUUCAUGUUUGCAGCUGCGUCGAUUUUGUUUUUCGCUGUGCCGUCGAGCGAAAGGGUCUACCUAUAAUAACAAGUGGCGACGUCUUCUCUCGUGACGUCGUGUCGGAGCCGGCCGAUCAGUGGCGUUUCUCCGGCGCUCGGUGACCACGCCUUCGACUGCAGACCCCAUCGCAAUCACACAAAACUAUCAACUAUGCGCGCCGGUGUGAUUGAAGAACUCGAUUGCACCACGUCUUCGACGUUUUUCCCCCAUUCGUGGCCACUGUAUGUGUCUCUUUGGCCGCUCGACGACGUCCGCUCUCCAAGCUGCAGGCGCUAUCUCACCGGAGGCGGCGGCCCCGACAGUGAUGAUGGUAGUGGAUCGCGGAGCCAGUUCUGUCGCUCGCUCUUCUUUCUCCCACCAACCGACGACGCUGCUACGGCUUCUGCGCAUUGCAAGUUGCUUUGUCCCAACUGCCAUACCGUAUUCCCCACUGCGACCUGGGCUCGUUUCCUUCACGAGAGCACUCAACUUCAAUUUAUUCUGAAAAAACCAACUUUCAGCUUUCCUACAUAACUUUUCCUCGAAAUAUUCUAGUUUUCGAUCUGAAAAUCGUUUCGUCAGUGCUUCUGCCCUAGAUUUUUUAUGGAAGGUUUCAAAAUAUCCAUUCCUAAUGAGUGUCCUAUCUGAUUAAUGAGUUGCUGACUUUCCUAUCCAAAAAACUUUCUAGAUGGCGUGUAGUCGGUCGUCUUCGAAGCAGGUUCUACAGUUUUUGCACAUCUCAAAAAGAACGCCGCCUCCAAGUCUUCUUUUGAUUUCCAACGAAUCCUUAAAUUUUUCGCCUAUCUUUUUAUUUCGGUCACCGCAAUAAAUAAGACGCGAGCUUGCGUCAUUGAGCCUUCUGCGCACAAUCACUGAUAAAUAUCUUUGGUUUUGCGCGGCCGAGAACCGAAAACGGGUUUGCUUGAUGAGUCGUUGUUCCGCGACUCGCAAUCUCGCUGUAAGAAUAGGUGACGGCUCUCCACCUUCACUUUCUACAGUGCGAAUGAACGAGAUUCAAAUUCGAGUCGCAAAUUGAGAAAGUCGGAGAAGUGGCUGUCCGAAGAGCGCGCUCUUUAUCGCCUUCUCCUUGGCCCCAUCGCAGUUGCAGCGAGGACGGUCAUCCGUCGACGUCAAGUCUGUCCAAACGGCUUCUCUCAUUCUCUCCUCCCUCGUUCUCUCUCUUCCUUGCUGCGUACAGGAUAGAUCCGUCAUGCUUUAUCACCUCAGGCACGCUUCCGUCGGACGCCGAACUUGCAAAAGUUUCUUUGUCUGCACAGAGAUCAGGAGACUACUUUUUUCUUCAUAUUUUUGCUAUCUUUUCUCUAACGUUUUCUGUAUUUUUCCUUUUUUUUUCUAAAUUUUUAUUCAAAAAAGUACGCAAUGAGAAGUUUUAAAAAUGAAAUGGAAAGUUUUCGAAUAAGUUUAGUAGUUUUUUGUCACUUUUUCUUUGUUCUUUCUUUACCUUUCUCUGUUUUUUUUUGCAUAUUAUUGGAGUCACUUGCUUCAUUCUCUCUCCAAACAUUUAUUUAAAAUUUCUCUGUCGGAAUUUUAUGCUCUUUCUUGUCAUCACGCUUUUCUGACUAAUCGGGAUUCAUCCGUCGGUUUCUGAACUUUUGAUAUUUUUUUUUAUAAUCUCAAGUAAAUCACUUUGCCAUUUCCAUCACGAUCGGCGUCUUCAAAAAACUCUGAACUCGACUCUCCUGACCUUCUCUUUACGCUGUGCUUAGGUUCUCGUUCCCAUCGUUUUUUUUUUUGAGGCGUUGACUGCGCAACUCGGAGACUACCUUUUUUUAUCUCUCUUUCUGGUCUCUCUACGAUCAUUAGUGCAUGUUACGAAGUGCGGGAACGUUUCAGAAACAAAGGUUUUCAGGUGAAACGCAACUUCGAACGCGUUUCUCUCUUGCAACGGCUCGAGGACCACCCAUAUUUGCGAGGCGACAAUGAUGUCAAUGACGACGGACAAAGCAUCGUAUCAUUGGAAAUGCCUCAUCUCAACCUUUCUGAUGAGGAACGGAUUAGACUGAUAAAGCUAAUAAGUUAGUUUUUUGUCGAAAGUGUGUUUGAAACAAAGGAACCUUUCCAGAUGGCGGCGCGUUGCCUAUCAUGGAAAGGCCUCUGCAGACGACUACGACCACUCUGACGACAGCCCAGAUGCAGCCCUGCCAGAUGCCCACGACUUCUGCUUUCAACCCAGCCAACGCCUUCAUCAAUGCCUACGGAAUGAAGGCAGAAGUUGGAACUUCCUCGUUUGACCAUUCAGUCAACGCAGUGGCGCACGGAUCCAGAGUAGUGAGGGUAUGGUUUUCUCCGAGUUUCGAAAAGAGCUUUUCUGUUCAGGGAGUUCAGGAGUGUGGCAUGCAGGGAAUGGAGGCCAUCCGCGAGCUGUUCCCUUCCGGAGAAGUCCUUCGACGGAAGACGGCUCGAAGACCGCCCGAGGAAGCCUGCAAAGCUACGUGCAAGGUUUUGGAGCUCAUGACGAUGUCACGAAUCCGAUCCUUCUCAGGUGUGUGGACACGAGGUGAUGUACUCGCCGCAACGGACGUGGAAUCUGAUGCGCCACGUCUGGAUCAUGCAUCAGUCGUCCAAGCCCUACCAAUGCUCUCUUUGCGGCUUCUCUCACAUAAAACCCUACGUCCGCAAACACAUCGAAUCACAACACAAGCAGCAGAAUGCUAGCAUAAUCGACUUGAAGUGGGUUUUCGAAGUAUUUGGGAAGUAACGAGAAGCUCAGGAAGCACCUUUUGAUUUUUCCGCUUCAAGCUUCAUACUGAGUAGAUAAAAAAAAAAUUUUUUUUUUGCUUUUUUGGAAAAAAGGAAACAAUUCAAAAAAAACUUAAAUUUUCAGAAAUCAUGAGAAAAAAGAGAAAAAAGUCCAAAGAAUCAAAAGUUUGAAAUAUGGCUCUUUCUGAGAUACUGUGCUCUGACACGAAAAUUUUUCUUAAAAUGCGGUUGAAAGCGCACUCGAAGACGCAUCUUUGAAGAUGGCGAACAUGGGAAUUUAGGUCACCAGAACUGGAGGCGGAGUGGCACUCCUUGCUGGAGCAGUGCUUCGGCGUCACCUAUCGCAAGUGGAAACACAUCAAGGACGAGUCUUCUGGAGUGCCCGACGACGGCCAUCAGCGCGGCUUCCAGACCGAGCACUUCUCCACCGACGUCAUGACCAACCUCUAA